CCACUAAACUCCUUUCGAAUGGGAUGAUAAAAGUAAUUAACAUAAAACGGAAACAAGGCAAACGAGAUGUUGAAUCAAAUGGAAAUAGUAGUAACAAAUUAAAUAAAAAGCGAAUACAAUGCGAGAACAAGUGCAGAAAAUAAACGAGAAAAACGACUGUGGCAUGCCCUGUAAAAAGAUACACAUUAAAUCCUCGCCUCUAGCCAUAUACACCCUCUUUUAGCUGUCACCUGUAGGGUAGGGUACGCCUAGGCGCCAACAAAAAGGUAAAACGGAAACUCAAAAUUAAUGCUGAUCUCAGCAGAAGUCACGUACUGAACGAAAGUGAAAACAAAUCAAGACAAGAUAGAAAUCCGGACCGAGAGCGCCAGACAGACCCACCUGUUCGUUCGUUCGUUCGUUCGGUCGUUCUAAUGAGAAAGCUGAUCACAAAAUGAUGAGCUCUUUACAGAUGGCAGGGGGAAAGGGUGGCAGUGGGUGGCUUACAGAUGGGCCAGAACGAUGUCUCAAUUGGCAGAAAGUGAAAGCAAAGCGUUCUGUAUCGGCCAGAUACGUGUGUCGGCGACCAUUUGACAUUCGACACUCGCAAAUGGUCAACAAAAGCCAAAUGUCGAUCGAGUUGGAGCAACACUUCCAUGGAAACUCUCCAGCAACGAUCAUGAUGAUGAUGCUGUCGCUAUUGCUGUUGCUUUCUGGAUCUGCGGUCUUAAGUUCCCCCCUGGACCCAGAAGAUAUGGAACUGCUGGAGAUGAUGCUCCGGGAUGGGGAUGGAUACCCGAAUGCAGGACGCAUGCUGAGGGACAUCUCCGUGCUGCCGGCCUCAUCGAUUGGCUGCGAUGAGAACGGUUCCGAGGAGGACUUUACAAUCUACGGCGAUGUCGAGGAGAGCGCAGAGUGUGAGGACUUUCUGCCGCCCUGUGAACCGGCAGUGGUGCAGGAUUAUUCCAUAGAUCAUCCCUGCUUUCUGCGGCUUAUCCUGCUGCGGACUCCACUCCUGAAGCAUGACCCAUGCGCCAACUUCACACUGGCGCCAGAGAUCCCGAAAUCGUCUGAGAAGCGAAAGCCCAAGAAGAAGUGCGAUCCCAAGUCAAAGGCAAGCAAAUCCAGGACCCAGAAUGAGGUGAAAGCGAUGCCAAACACUGGCCCAAAGGAAGUGAAAGCAAUGCCCAAAACUGAAAAUAACGAGACAAAAUUACUUGCCAACCCUGGCGAAAAUGCAACCACAAACACCGAUUCAAACUCCACAGUAAGUGCAACUGCCACAACAGAGGCUACAGUUGGUAGCUCCACUGAAAGAAAAAGAGUGCCAAAUCGAAGGAACAGAAAGCAAACCACUCCCAGAACCACAACGACAACAACAACAAGCACAACCGGAGCCACGACCACAGAGGAGGCCAUCACAACGGAGGAUACAACGACAGAGAUCAGCAGCACCAGCACCGUAGGAGAAGAAGAACAAAGCACCACAACGGAGCAGGAGACAACGACAACGACAGCAGCAACGACAACAACGACAGCACCCACCAGAAGAGCCACCAGAAGAGCCACCAGAAGAACCACCAGAAAGAAAGGAGCCACUCCCCGCACCACCAGAGCAAUUCCACUCAACGAGAAUCCCAACCUGAAAUCCGGUUACGCACUAGAGUUUAAAAAGCGACACCACACAGUCACUCCUCAAGAAACCAAUUCUCAAAUGCCAACUAACAAGAAUGGCAGCAACUCGAAGACCAUUCAAAUUAAAUUCAAAGCAAAUGGCAACGCCAGAGUUCCCGACACACCCAAAAUCAAGAUCGAUAGCCAGCCCAGCGAGGUCAUCCACGUGGUUCUAAACAAAACUGUGGGUGAAAUGAGGCAACUGCCGGCGGAAGACAAUUCCACACCCAUUACGACGACGACGACGACCACAACAUCCGAGCCGGAAACGACAACUGAAGAGAGCUGCGAAGAAGAUAUGGAAACCACCAACGAAGCUGAAUCUGAAGCUGAAGCUGAAAAUGACACAGAUGCAGAAGAGUAUUUCCCAGAAACCGAAGAGGAAACAGAAGAAGAUCUCUUUGUUUCAGCAUCAGACAUGGAUGGAGCCCAGUCAACCUCGACCACAGAGGAGCCCUGUGUGGACACCGAUGACCAGGACACAAAUCUCUGUCCGCAGUUUAUGCCAGCCUACGGCAGCUCAAACUCCAGGCCGCCAGCAGGACCACGAUUCCGAAAGCCCGUGAAGAACUAUGUGGAGCCCAUUCUAUACGAGGGCUCGUUUGCCAAACCGCGCCAGAGGAUCGGAUUAACGCAGCCCCAGCCGCAGCGUCGGGACUACUUUGUGACCAACAAGCAGAUUGUGCCCCGACCCAGGCCCAAGUACAGGCAGCGUCUGCCCCACUCGAUCUACAUGAAUAACAUUAUAAGGGGUGUGGACUGCGUGGACGAUGUGACUGCGAGUCCCCCCUAUCCACAGGUGGGCCCCUAUCCACCGGUUAAUCUGUAUCAGGCCGUUGGACCCGCCCAACCAGCCCAGGGGCAGCGCAAUUGGCCAGCGAGACGUCUGACAGGAGGAUAUGGCUCUGUCCAGAGAUCAACUGGCUAUGGUCCGGCACCAGCGCCAGUUCAACGUAUCCGCUCCUCUGCGACGCCUCGAUAUCCGGGAUGCUCAGAGGAAGAGCAGCAGCAGCAGCAGCACCAACACCAACACAUCAAUGACAGGGAGAGCAAUGAGGAUCAGCACUACUUCGAGGAGGAGGCAGCCGCUCUGAUGCGAGCCCCCAACCCCACUCCCAGCGUAGAUCCCUGCCAGGCAGAGCACGACCACCCUCUGUACGGACAGCAUCUCCAGCAGACAGACCCCGACGGCUAUCCACAGUCGAAGAACUUCUUUACCUAAGUAAAUCAUAGGCCCAAGGGCUGUAGCUUUGUAGGCCACCACCAGCACCCAGUAACAGCGUUAACCACACAAUAAAU